GUUGCACCAUUUACCCGGACAUUGUUCCCGGGGACCGCACGAGGAGCCGGAGCCGGGACACGCACAGGGAGAGGGUUCCUUCAGCUGGCGUGUGAACAUGGUUGUUGAAGGUAAAAAAUCAUCGGGGAAAGAAAAAAAUGCACCACACGGAAAGGGCAAAUUUAAAAAGUUCAGUGAAAAUAAAAAAAAAUCAUCAGGUUCUGAAACUCUGAAAAAAUUGAAUGGUGGAGAUGGAAAAAGAAAAUCAAAGUUCAUCACUCAAAAGAAGAAGAAAGGGACAGUAACAAAUAAUCCCAAAAAGCUGGAACAUGGUACUGGAAAAAUAUAUGCAGCAAAGUUCAAGGGAAAGCAGCAGACGGGAAAAAAACGGAAACCAUUUGCUGGAAACAAAGAGGGCACAGCAGCGAAGAAACCGAAAUGGGGUGAUUACAAAAAGCAGAAGAAAGAACUAAAGCAAAACAGACAACUGGACAAGAAAACCAAUUAUGAUUUAGUUGUUCGCUCAAAACAUAUAUGGGAAACUGUAAGAAGGAAAGAGUGCAGUAAAGAGAAGAGAGCAGAAUUGAUGAAAGAAUUGCAGAAGUUGGUCCAUGGAAACAUUAAAAAUAUUGCGUUUGCACAUGAUUCUGCUCGAGUUAUCCAGUGUUAUGUUCAGUUUGGAGAUGAAAAACAAAGACAAGAGGUCUUUGAGGAAUUGAAAGAGCAUUUGGUUAGUUUAAGCAAAUCCAAAUAUGGCAGACAUAUUGUGAAAAAAUUUCUAAUGUAUGGAACCAAGCAGCAAGUAGCAGAAAUAAUCAGAAGUUUUAAAGGUGAAGUGAAAAAAAUGUUACGACAUUCUGAGGCAUCAGCAAUUGUGGAAUAUGCGUACAAUGACAAAGCGAUAUUGGAACAGAGGAAAAUGCUAACAGAGGAACUUUAUGGAAACAUGUUCAUGAUUUGCAAGUCUGUAUUUUGUCCAACAUUGGACAAAGUUCUGGAAUUCAAUCCUGACAAACGAGAAAGUAUAAUGGGAGAAAUGAAAGAAAUCCUCACUCCUAUGGCACAGAAAGAAGCAGUAAUAAAGCACACAUUGGUACACAAAGCAUUCUUGGACUUCUUCACACACUGCCCUGAGAAAAUGAGAACGGAAAUGAUAGAAGCUGUGCGAGAAGCAGCCAUUUAUAUGGCUCAUACACAUGGUGGAAGCAGAGUGGCAAUGCACUGUUUAUGGCAUGGAACUGCUAAAGACCGAAAGAUUAUUGUGAAAACAAUGAAGACCUACGUAGAGAAAAUUGCCACUGGUGAAUUUUCCCAUUUAGUUCUCAUGGCAGCUUUUGACUGUAUAGAUGACACAAAACUCAUGAAACAGAUCAUUCUGACAGAGAUCAUUGAAGCUUUGCCAAACUUGAUCGAGAAUAAAUAUGGCAAGAAAGUUUUGGUAUAUUUACUAAAUCCAAGGGAUCCAGCACAUACCGUGCCAGAGAUUAUUAAACUUCUACAACAAGGUGAUGGAAACACUCACAGUAAGAAGGAUUCCGAUAUUCGUCAGCGUGAACUACUGGCAGCUGUCUCUCCAAGUUUGCUGAAGUACUUACAGGACAAUGCUCGGGACAUGGUGAUGAAUAAGGCAAAAAGUGUCAUUGUGGCAGAUAUUCUGGGUCAUGCUAUUGGUGAUUUGCAGCCUGCCAUGAAUGCUGUUGUUGAAGUGGCUGCAGAAGCCUUUGUUCCUGGAGGCAGUAAUGGUGAGCUCCACAUGGUAGAGCACCCUGCAGGGCACCUGGUUCUUAAAUGGUUAAUAGAACAAGAUGGAAAAAUGGAGGAACUUGGAAAGCCAGAGUGCUUUGCAAGGACAUUAGUAGAACGUGUUGGAAUUGAGAGUCUAAAAUCCUGGACGAAGGUAAACCGUGGAGCUAUUGUGCUUUGUUGUCUUCUUCAGAGUAAGAAUGAAGAUGUAUCCAAGAAAGUAAACAAUGCCCUCAAGGGGCUCAUUCCCAAGUUAAAGAUGAUGGAAAAUGUGAAGGGUGUAGAAAUGUUGAUAGAAAAACUGACUGCCAAGUGAAGAUGGAAAAUAUUGUGCCUCAGUAAAACAGUUCAAAAUGAUUUGUACGUAUAAAAUGUAAAGGAAUAAUAAUUUGUUACAGUAAUGUAUUGCAUCAGCUAUUUUCAAGCUCCUAAUGUUCCAAAAUUCACGCUUUGCGAUUGAAAAUAUAACCAACUGAUUUCUGGUCUUUAACAAUCAAUAUUUCUAUGGGAGGACUUGAACAAAGCUAUUGGUGACACAAAGUAGGCAAUGAAGUUCCUAUUCAUACUGUUAAUUUGAAUCAUGGUUGCAAAGGUUUCUGCUGUGGACUUUUUAAAAAUUGGUUAUCCCAAGUUGUUUUUUUUAUACAAUAAAAUAUAUGAAGUA